GAUCGCAGAUAGUAAAAUCUACACCUUGCGAAUCGAUUCUAGAAAAGCUAGUGUAUCAACUGUGAGCCAUGUAUAUGGACCACACCGGGCGAGGUGAACGGAACUUCCGAAGACUAGCCGGGAUUGUCAAAACUAUCUGCGGGAUGAACCUAGCGUUAAAGAGGUAUAUACAUAAAGACAAAGUGAUACGAUGGGUAGCUCAUCAUCUGACAAGAAAAUCAGGCAUUGACAAGGAAUUGCUUUUCAACAUCCACAACUUUACAAAAAGCAAAAGUGAGAGAGAUUCUAUGAAGCUGAAGAGCCUACUUUCUGUUCUCCCUCAUGAACGGAGCAUACAUGAGACUUCAUUGAUACAGACACUUCUACACAAGAAUCAAGCAUUUCAAGCCAUGCCCCAUAUUGUGCAAUUGGAGAUAUGCCAAGCUGCUGUCUACCAACAAUAUGAGGCCAAAACAACUGUGGUACGAAAAGGUCACCAGCCUGAAGCCUGCUAUUUUGUCGUUACUGGUAAACUAUUAGCUCAGUCAAGUGAUGGCCUUUCAAGAAGUCAAAAUCACUUCACUGAAACUCUGAAUGAAAUUGAGGAGGGCGAUUUGUUUGGGGAUGCAGCACUCUUAACCAACACAUCGAGACCCUCUACAAUUUUGUGCAGGACAAAUGCAGAGCUCCUGCUGAUCGGCAAGGAGGAUUUUGAAUCGAUAUUCGCUCGACUUCUUGAACAGCGCUAUAGUGUGAUCACAGACUUACUGGGGUCACUCCCAAUAUUUACAUCUUGGACAAAAGAAAAACUGACAAUGCUUUCCCACAGUUCCCUGCUGCGAUACUACAGAUCAGGAACGGCAGUUGUUCCAGAAAGCUGCAAUUCCUUUUUCAUAGUUAUUGUUAAAUCAGGCCGGUGUUACAUAGUGACAAAUCUUAUAAUGGAUCAAUGUGGAAAAGAUCAGGCCCAGCGACCACGGCCAAGAAAAUCAGCUGUGCUCCUAAAGAAUCUUCCUGUGUCGACUUUGCUGAAAAAGGAAACAAAAUCCACAGGGAAAUCUCCACAGAGAGCUGCUAAUUUUCCAACCGUUGUGAGAGCAGAUCUACAAGAAGCCACAAAGACUGUACAGACAAAAAAAUCCAGAAGUAUGGAAAUUGCCACUCCAACCCACCCAUUACCUCAGGAAAGUGGCUUCAAGGAUCUGGAACAUAAAGGCCUGGAAGAGCCACUUCCCACCAGUGCUAGUGGAUUGGAAAGAGACAGGGGCAUACAGCAGUCUGAGCCUCUCACACAGACAUCGGUAAAUAGCAGUGCUUGUGUAUACGUCCCAGAGGACACAAACAAUGAACCCGAGCAGACAGAACCAUGCAAGGCAGAGCAUACAGAUGAAUCAUCUUUAUUCAGAUAUGCCAGAUCUAUGCCUGAGAUAAUCAUUGAAUCUGUGGAGAACGGCAGUGAAACUCAAGAGGUUACCAAAUCCUUGGGUCAUAAUGAAGAUGAUGAGCAGAAUAAAGAAAGACAAAAGCACUUGGAAUCAAAUGAUGUUUCAAUGAUAUAUCAGUUUAUAUUUGGUACCAUGCUAACUAUCAAGCAGAAACUACAAUACCAGUUUUACGUGUUUGUUUAG